AUGUUUACUAGAUUUUCAGCAACAUUUCUGCGAAGGUAUUGCUCUACAAGCAGCUCAUCAAAAUUGGCUGAAGCGAUCGCUGCUUCUAUUGAAGGUGUGGACAAGGCAAGCAUUGGUGCCCUGCUAACUACCGUACCAGAACUAACAAAAUACGCCCCAGAGCAAUGGUACCGCACAGUGAACCAACUCACCACUGAAGGUUUGGAGGUGGAAAAAAUGCUUUCCAUUAUCGGUGGCCACCCGAGCAUACUGGUAAGGCCGCCGGAAAAGAUCGCAGAAAGUCUUCACUGUUGGCGAUCCUGCCAGUUUGGAGAUGCGAACAUGAAAGUGCUCCUAUCGGCUCAUCCCUGCUUGCUGGAUUUCACAAAUUAUGGCCAGCUGGCGCAACGUGUCGCCUUUCUUCACUCACAUUUUGAGACGCGUAAAAACGUGUAUCGAUUGUUUCUGAACGCACCGAACCUGGUGGUGGAUGAGCACCACGUGACGGAAGCGAAGAUCCUCUAUCUGAUGCAAACCAUGCGCCACGAAGUGCUGGAAGUGGUGAAGUCUUGUGCCUUUGCUCAUGAUCUGGAGCAUUUGCGUUGUCGGCAUACAUUUCUGGAGCGGUUGGGAUUGUUUAAACCGCGUCCGCUGAAGGUGGAUAAAAGUACACCGACCGGCAAUCCGCCGGUUCAUCAGAUUACCGACACGAGCGAUAAGCGGUUUGCGGUGAAAGUGGCUUACGUUACGCUGGAAGAGUACGAAGUGUUCCAGGAGUUGUUUCGGCGCGAGAUGGACCAGGAUGAUGAACGAGACGGCAUGGACAAUGAACUAGAGCCGAUUGAAAUGGAAAGUGAACCAAGCAAAAGUGCGUACCGUAAGAAAGGUAGGUAG